AUGGCCGCUGGAGGCGCAAAGCAGUCUCCCGAGGAGCAACAGGCGGCUAUCGAUGCCGCCAACGAGAAUGUCUCCCUCUCCAACUAUCUGUACUACAUCUGCGCUGCCAUUGCCGCAGCCGUCAUCAUUUGGAGAGUAUGGACCGUCAUCGUCAGAUAUGUUCGUACCGUCGCCUGUCUCAACAACGACAACCAGCGGUACUUUGCCCAGUCGGACUCCAAGGUCUCCUGGAUGAAGAAGAACAUCCUCUACGCUCCGGUUAUGAGCAAACGUCACAACCGCGAAAUUCAGCUCAGCGCUGCUAUCAACGUUGGCACCCUGCCCAGCCGACUCCAGCUGCUAUUUCUGACCGGUUACUUCGCCACGAACAUCGCUUUCUGUGUGAUUAACAUCCCGUUCGCCGGCUCUUUUGCCGCAGCCGCCUCGCAGCUUAGAAACCGUACUGGUACCUUGGCUGUUGUGAAUAUGAUUCCCUUGUUCCUGAUGGGUGGCCGAAACAACCCUUUGAUUCCCAUGCUCGGCAUGUCCUUCGACACUUUCAACUUGCUGCAUCGUUGGUUCGGUCGUAUUGUCGUUCUGGAAGCUCUUGCGCACACCCUGGCUUGGAUGGCCAACACCGCCAACAAGAGCAGCUGGCAAACCGCCAUCACCUCAGCAACGACCGUUCCCUUCUUGCUCUUCGGUUUUGUUGCUACAUGCGCCUUCGCGUCCAUCUUAAUCCAGGCUUCUAGCCCGAUCAGACACGCCUUCUACGAGACGUUCAAGCUCCUUCACAUUUUGCUUGCCAUCACGGCUGUCGUUGGUACCUGGUACCAUUUACAGAUGAAGGCUCUGCCCCAGCUCAAGUAUAUGUGGCCCGUAAUCAUCUUCUGGGCCGGUGACCGCGUCUGGCGUGCCUGGAGGGUAUUUUACGGCAACGUCGGGCACGGAGGCAGCAAGGCUCUUGUUGAAGCUCUUCCCGGCAACGCAUGCCGUGUUACGGUCACGAUGGCUCGACCCUGGACCUUUGGGCCUGGCCAGCAUGCCUACAUGUACAUGCCAUCCCUCAGCUUGUUGCAGUCUCAUCCCUUUUCCGUCGCUUGGAGUGAGGAGGCUGAGGAUCCUAUGGCCGAGAAGGGUUCUCUUAACCGUCAAGACAUUCUCGCCUUGCGCAAGACUACCAUGUCCUUCAUCAUUCGCGCCCGCACCGGAAUGACCGACACACUGUAUCGCAAGGCCGCUGCUUGUCCCGAGGGCAAGAUGACUACGACAUGCAUGGUAGAGGGACCCUAUGGUGGACUGCACAGCAUGCGCUCUUAUGGUACCGUCAUGCUAUUUGCUGGUGGCGUUGGCAUUACUCAUCAAGUACCUCACGUCCGCGAUCUCGUCGCCGGCUAUGCGAACGGAACUGUCGCCGCGAGAAAGGUUAUUCUCAUCUGGACCAUCCAGAGCCCCGAGCAUCUUGAGUGGAUUCGACCUUGGAUGACGGAGAUCCUGGCGAUGGAGAAACGCAGAGAUAUUCUCCGUAUCAUGCUCUUCGUCAGUCGGCCAAGAUCGACCAAGGAGAUUCACAGCCCUUCGUCUACUGUCCAAAUGUUCCCUGGCCGCCCCAACAUCGAGACGCUCAUCAAGGCUGAGCAGGAGUCGCAGGUUGGCACCAUGGGCAUCAGUGUCUGCGGUCCUGGCGCUCUUAGCGACGAGGUGCGCCGCGCCGUUCGCGAUCGGCAGCACGACUCGGCCAUUGACUUCAACGAGGAGGCUUUCUCGUGGUAA